UUUUCACAGGUAAUCAGUCCAAAAACCAGCGUGCCACAGCGUUUCCCCCAGCGCUCUCUCCGGACUCUCUAGCACUGCGUAAAGGGGCCCGCCUGAGCCCAAUAUACUUCCGGUGGGGAAGGGAAAGGGAAGACACCACCGGAAGCAAGGAAGGUGCUGUGUAAUCAUUAAGGAGAGGAGGCAUUUGGAGCUGCUAAAAUGCCGGAUUACCUCGGUGCCGAUCAGCGGAAGACCAAAGAGGAUGAGAAGGACGACAAGCCCAUCCGAGCUCUGGAUGAGGGGGAUAUUGCCUUGCUAAAAACUUAUGGUCAGAGCACUUACUCUAGGCAGAUCAAGCAAGUUGAAGAUGACAUUCAGCAACUUCUCAAGAAAAUUAAUGAGCUCACUGGUAUUAAAGAAUCUGACACUGGCCUGGCCCCACCAGCACUCUGGGAUUUGGCUGCAGAUAAGCAGACACUCCAGAGUGAACAGCCUUUACAGGUUGCCAGAUGUACAAAGAUAAUCAAUGCUGAUUCGGAGGACCCAAAAUACAUUAUCAACGUAAAGCAGUUUGCCAAGUUUGUGGUGGACCUUAGUGAUCAAGUGGCACCUACUGACAUUGAAGAAGGGAUGAGAGUGGGUGUGGACAGAAAUAAAUAUCAAAUUCACAUUCCAUUGCCUCCUAAGAUUGACCCAACAGUUACCAUGAUGCAGGUGGAAGAGAAACCUGAUGUCACAUACAGUGAUGUUGGUGGCUGUAAGGAACAGAUUGAGAAAUUGCGAGAAGUAGUUGAAACCCCAUUACUUCAUCCAGAGAGGUUUGUAAACCUUGGCAUUGAGCCUCCCAAGGGCGUGCUGCUCUUUGGUCCACCCGGUACAGGCAAGACACUCUGUGCGCGGGCGGUUGCUAAUCGGACUGAUGCGUGCUUCAUUCGAGUUAUUGGAUCUGAGCUUGUACAGAAAUACGUCGGUGAGGGGGCUCGAAUGGUUCGUGAACUCUUUGAAAUGGCCAGAACAAAAAAAGCCUGCCUUAUCUUCUUUGAUGAAAUUGAUGCUAUUGGAGGGGCUCGGUUUGAUGAUGGUGCUGGAGGUGACAAUGAAGUGCAGAGAACAAUGUUGGAACUGAUCAAUCAGCUUGAUGGUUUUGAUCCUCGAGGCAAUAUUAAAGUGCUGAUGGCCACUAACAGACCUGAUACUUUGGAUCCAGCACUGAUGAGGCCAGGGAGAUUGGAUAGAAAAAUUGAAUUUAGCCUGCCCGAUCUAGAGGGUCGGACCCACAUAUUUAAGAUUCACGCUCGUUCGAUGAGUGUUGAAAGAGAUAUCAGAUUUGAAUUGUUAGCACGACUGUGUCCAAAUAGCACUGGUGCUGAGAUUAGAAGCGUCUGCACAGAAGCUGGUAUGUUUGCCAUCAGAGCACGGCGAAAAAUCGCUACCGAGAAGGAUUUCUUGGAAGCUGUAAAUAAGGUCAUUAAGUCUUAUGCCAAAUUCAGUGCUACUCCUCGUUACAUGACAUACAACUGAACCCUGAAGGCUUUCAGGUGAAAACUUUAGAUUGGAAUCCUAACCUUACAUAGACUUGUUAAUAACCACUUCAUAAACAAAUAAAUGGCUUCAAAAUUGUA